AUGUUUGUCUACUUUUUAACAUCCCUCCUUCAGCUUUCCUGUUUCUUCUGUCAUCGGUGUAAUGGCGACACGCAGUUCGUCGAGGAACAGCCCUAUGAUCUAAAACUCUUGCAGCAAAUUGGCUGCGCCAAAACGCGUCGGCUACUGACCCUAAAGAGUCGCCAGGAUUUCCUUAGCCUCCCACCACAGGCCUCCGAUUUCGUGGGAAGGGAAGAAAACACACACGCUGACAAUCGUCCACUUCCAACACGACUUGCUUUCUCCGUUGACAAUCUGCCCACGUGUCGUGAGGAUAGACCAGAUCUUUAUAUGGCUCGACAGUGUAGUGCGCUCGACUGUUUCUGCGUGAACGUCACCACGGGGGAAUUCUUUCCAGGAACACGCACUAGUGUCGCGGAUCUCGAUGACUGCAACACAGGCACAAUGCAUCGAUGGCUUCACCUGUGUCUACUUCUCCUUACAUUUGUGAUUUCCGUGAUUCUACUUGCAAUUAUCCUAACUCUUUUUGAGCGGAUCAAGUCCUCGUGCAGAGACACAUGCCCCCCCACAGCAGCACCCUCUUCGGAUGUUGAGUGGAUUAAAUGGAAAAAAAAGUUCAAUGUCUCUUUUGAAACUGAGUCAGAAGCAAACUAUCGGUUUUCUGUGUGGCGUAAACACUUCGACAUGAUUCAGGCUCAUAACUCUCGAAAGGGUGUCCUCUACACCAUGGGAACGAACCACUUCACGCACCUGGAACACUGGGAGUUUGUAGAAAUGUAUUUAAGAAGCAAGAAGAUUGAACUGGACAACUACGAUCUAAACAGUUACUUUGAAGGAAAUAAGACAGUUAAAUCAAACUCUAGCCUUACUGACGGUGACUGCUACUUGGAGGACUUUGAUUGGCGAAAUAUCUACCCAGGACGCAGAGUUGGGGACCAGAGAACGUGUGGGUCCUGUUGGGCGUUUGCCUCCGUGUCGGCGGUUGAAUGGCACUGGAUCAUCCAUCACAAAUCCAACUUCUCUCUGUCCAAACAGCAGCUUGUCGACUGCGUUUACACGAACUUCGGGUGUAACGGAGGGAUUAUCGAAAAUGCUUUUGCUUACAUUAAAGAACGUGGCAUUAUGCUGGAAGAUGACUAUCGCUAUCGGUCAAGGGUAACCCAAUGUGCUGAAAACCCGAAAAAAAUUGUUCUGAAGAUUCGUGGAUACGACACCCUUGUUGGAGUAAGUGAGUCCGUUCUGGCCUGUAUCGUGAAACGAGUGGGGCCUGUUGUAAUUGGAUUCGAUGCAAGUGGAGCUGGACUUCAACACUACAAAUCUGGAAUCUAUGAUGGUGCAGAUUGCAAUGGUGAACUCCUUAAUCAUGGCCUCGUUUUGAUUGGCUACGGAGGAGACAAAAAUGGAAACAGGUACUGGAUUGGUCAGAAUUCGUUCUCGGAUCGGUGGGGCGAAAACGGGUAUUUUCGUUUCAAAUUUGGCAGCAAUCUAUGUGGCGUCGCCGUAACCCCCAUUGUUCCACUUGUGUAG